CUAAGAUGACAGAUCAGAGCGAACGGCUGCCGGCCGCGGAUGGGAAGCCAGGGAUCGCAGACAGCGGUUCGGCUAUGACAGAGCGCGGUCUCUGACUUGCAUCUACAUCGAUCUGUUUACCGAAGCACCGGCACUCAGUAGGCAGCUGUCUGUCUUCUUUAAGAAGCCGGCCGGUGCGCUCGCCCCGCUGUAGCAACCAGGCUAACGUUCCUGCCGUAGAUGUUAGCCUGUGAAGUGUCGGCUAGCCGUUAGCUACACCGCGCCGUCACAUUCCGCCUACUUUAGACCUGUGAGGCAGGAAUCGCAGGCAUGAGUGCCGCAGUGUACGUCUUGUCCACGGUUACGGGUUAUGUCCUCACCUCGGCGUUAUUACUGAAAUGCCCGUCGCUGCUGCACCGGAGGAAGCGAGAGACGUUUCGUAGCGGACACAUAUCGCAUCGCGGGGGUGCAGGUGAGAACCUGGAGAACACAAUGGCAGCCUUCAGGCACGCUGUACAACUUGGCACAGAUAUGCUGGAGCUGGAUUGUCACUUGACCAAGGACGAGCAGGUGGUGGUGCUGCAUGAUUCCAACCUGAAGAGGUCGACUGGUGUGAGCGCCAACAUUUCAGAUGUGGUCUAUGCUGAUCUCCCACCUUACUUGUGUAAGCUCGGGGUGACUUUCAAGCGAGAGUGCUUUGUUGAAGGUGGCAACGACAAGCACAUCCCCCUGCUGAGAGAGGUCUUCGAGGCGUUCCCAAACGUGCCCAUUAACAUUGACAUCAAAGUCAAUGACGACACGCUCAUUAAGAAGGUCUCGGAGCUGGUCGUAAAAUAUGACCGGGAGCAUCUGACUGUAUGGGGUAAUUCCAGCAACCAGAUCGUUCAGAAAUGUUACAAAGAGAACCCCCAGAUCCCAGUGCUGUUCAGCUUGCCCAGAGUGCUGCUGUUGGUGGGGCUUUUCUACACAGGCCUUUUGCCCUUUGUGCCCCUCAAAGAACAGUUCUUAGAGAUCCCUAUGCCUUCCAUUACUACCAAACUCCGAGACCCCAGGCGGAUGACACGGGGCGAGCGGUUCAUAACUUGGUUGGCAGACACCCUCCUCAUGAGAAAAGCUCUUUUUGACCAUCUAACAGCUAGGGGAAUACAGGUGUAUGUGUGGGUGCUGAAUGAUGAGGAGGACUUUAAACGUGCCUUUGACCUCGGAGCCACAGGUGUGAUGACGGACUAUCCCACCAAGCUGAAAGAGUUCAUGGAGAAGAACGGCCUCCUUAAAUCCAAGUGACCUGCCGCUGGAAAGAUUGGCCCUGUCUUUGUCCACUGCCCUUUUCCCCACCGUUGUGCUUGGUCUAGUUGGAGUAUCCUGCUCUGUGGUUUUUACACAUCCGCAUUCACUUGUGUGAGGUAACAGAAGAGACAGCUACGAGCGUGAUGACCACUUUUUAAUAUGAUUACCCGUCAGAAACCCACAGUAGCUGUCUCUAAUCAUCCAAUAGUGCAAUAAUAAUCAAUGUUCAGCGGAAAUGUAUGGUGGGAAUACAGUUGGUGUGUUGUCUAUUUCAGAUCCUCUUCUAUUGAAGCGUUGAUGUGCCCCUUUGAGAUACAAUAAGUAGAUUUUUUUUUUAUUGAAGCUUUAAGAGAAAAAGCAUAUUGCAUCGUUCAGAUGUUACAUUGUGACAACACUACACCUUUUCUUCCUAGACAUACUGACAGUGCUGAAGGUUUUAAUGUGAUGAGUAGCCAUGGAACCAGCAGUGGGCCUCUUGUGUUAUGCAUGUCCAUAACCAUGGACACAGUGCGAAACUUGGGAGCUACAAACGACUAAAUAGUGUGUCUCAAGUUUACAAGCGAAAGCUUUUAUCUGUGAGCAUUUGUACCAUACAUCAGUACCAAAAGUACAUCGUUUUGUUACUGUAGAAUUAUCUCAAACAACAUAGUGUAUUUAUCAAUUCUGCUGUAUCUCAAUCGCUUUUAAAAUUAUUUAUUUGCCUGAAUAAAAUGAGUUGCAGCAUUCUCACAGGCAAUAACAUCUACGUAUAGAUUGAAAAAGAAGGCUGGAGCCCCUCCUAUGGAGUGGAGAGGUAAAGGGCAUUACUGUUUACUUACGUGUUGUACUUUGAUCUGCAAUGUUCUUUUACGACAGAAUGCCUUAAUGUACACUUCCUGGCCACUUUAUUAGAAACACUAAUCUUGUAGGGCCUCCUUGCUGGUGUGCGGGUAGAAGCUGAAGCCCAUCCUCUAGCCCGUCAGGUUCUGUCCGCAGAGCCCCUCGCCACCAGUGUGAGUGUCACUGUUGUGUUGAAUGCUCCACCAUCCUAAUAAUAUCUGCUCAGCAGCAGUGCUGUGGUCUCCGUGAUGAAACGGUGAUGAAUGAGGUAGUGGGUGGCCAACAUAUUGUGCAUGACAACAGAUGGGCUGCAGUCUGUACACCUACAGUACUGUGCAAAAGUCACAGACCUCCUUUCGUUUAUUUCAUUUGAACAGAAGCGAAGCCCAGUGUUUGAAUAUAGCAUCAUUUUUCAGUCUGCAGGGACGUUCAGUCUUUGAAGUUGGCUGCAUUUUCUGCUUCUCAUGCUUCAACGCAUUCAGUGAUGUUGAGGUCUGGGCUCUGGGGUGGACAGUCCAUUAUUCUGAGAACACCAAAUUUUCCUUCUUAAU